AUGUGGCUAGUGGUUCCCUUGUUACUUCAGAUCUGUGGCAUAAGGAACUUUAGAAGUUUUCCACUGGCAUUCUGGACCCUCUGCAGCUUCCUGCCCUCGUUUUUCAAAGUCUCCCUGCUCACCAAGCCCCAGCCACACCUAGCAGACUGCCAUUCUUUUCCACUUGUUACCCUUCCCUGCCUGUGGAAAUCUGACAGACCCUCUGGGGCCUAUCUGAAUGCCACUUCUCAGAGAAGGCUGACUCCAUUCUUAUGGUGGCCCACAAGCACUAACCACUCACUCUUGACUCUCCUGUGGCAGCAUUUAUGGGAGCCAAUUGUCUGGGUCCUGUGUGAGAAGUCUAGCUCCCUAAUAGCAGGGGAACGUCUCAGAGGAGUUGCAGAUGGUGUAGGAGGCUGGAGAGACUAUGGUGUUGAUCCGUCUCAGUUCUCAGGGACUCUAAUGCGGACGUGUGAACGUUUAGUAAAAGAAGGACGGUUUGUACCGAGUAAUCCCAUUGGAAUUCUCACCACAAGCUACUGUGAGUUGCUGCAAAAUAAAGUACCUUUGCUUGGUAGCAGCACUGCCUGCAUCGUGGUGCUGGACAGAACUAGCCACCGCUUACACACGGCAAACCUGGGCGAUUCGGGCUUUCUGGUUGUCAGGGGCGGCGAAGUUGUACACCGAUCAGAUGAGCAGCAGCAUUACUUCAACACUCCCUUCCAGCUCUCAAUCGCCCCCCCUGAGGCCGAGGGAGUCGUCUUGAGUGACAGCCCGGAUGCUGCUGAUAGCACAUCUUUUGAUGUCCAGUUAGGAGACAUCAUCUUGACGGCGACAGAUGGACUCUUUGACAACAUGCCUGAUUAUAUGAUCCUUCAGGAGCUAAAAAAGUUAAAGAAUUCCAAUUACGAGAGUAUACAACAAACUGCAAGAAGCAUUGCUGAGCAAGCUCACGAGCUGGCCUAUGACCCAAAUUAUAUGUCACCUUUUGCACAGUUUGCAUGUGACAACGGAUUGAAUGUGAGAGGUGGAAAGCCAGAUGACAUAACCGUCCUUCUCUCCAUAGUGGCCGAGUAUACAGACUGACUGUCAGCUCCUGCCUUCCCUUUCAUCGCCCCAAAUCUCCCUGCCGCGUGUGCUGAUCCUGCUGGCAGGACCACGUUUGUUUGCCGCUGAUCUCAAUGGCCAGUGAUAGAAGUCUUUCGCCUGUCUUUUGAGACCCACUGAGAUCUUUGUUGAGAACCACUGUCAUUCACUAGCUCAUACCUGCCGGCAGUUGAGGCGAGUCAGAAUUUGAAGAUUGGCCUUCGUGUCUCAUCGUCCCUUCCGUGAUGGGAUUGUGGAGGUGUUCAGUGCCACUAUGGCUGUUACUUUUCAAAAGUAGUCGAAGUAUUGAAAAUGAGUAAUGUGGGUAAAGUGAAUUCAGAAUCACAGUGUGCUAAAGGGAUUUUAAAAGUCUAACACAAAUUGUAAUGACACAUCUACUAGAAACAUACAUUCUUCAUCAAAAGAAAUGUUUCGUGUGUACUCCACAAGCAUAGUCUAUGUUACGAUAAUGGGAUGUGGCUUUAUGUUUUUGUUAUAAACUCCUAUUUUUCAGGGGCUUACAAUUCUGCUCUAAAAUAUUGCUUUGGGUUGUAACAUUUUGAUCCCAGGAGCUUUUUUGUUACAAAUUGGAAGAAAAGUACAUUUUAGUUCUAUGGAUGCAAACAUUUCAUGCUUUUAAAAAGAUGUGUAAUUGUGUUCCUGUGAUGGAAUGUUUGGCAGUUCAUUGGUUAGUCCAAAUCCACAGGCUGUGGCCUAAUCUCCAGGAGGGGUGGGGAGACUCCUUGCCCAUAUUUUUUUAAUGGAAACAUUACUUAAAGUUGCAGCAUCCCUCAAAGCCUCGAAACUUCAUGUUAUGGCUGAAGUGACUUUCCCGCCUCCCGUCCUGUCAAGAGGAUGCCCCUGCACGGGAGCUCUUGGCCCACAGGCCCACUGGGCUGAGAACGGGCAGCUGUAACUUUGAAUUCUUCUGGCUUUUAAUGGUCAUGCUACCUAUCCAUAGUCUUACUCGCAGACCUUUUAUGAGUAGCCUUGCUUUCUCUAGAGCAUGCACCAAAUUCUGUGAGUCCUCGUGGAAAGAGCACUGUGUGCAGUGGCAGCAGCACCGCCGUCCACGAGGAAAACUCCUGGUGAUGAUCUGACAUUUGCGAUGACCCCAGGCAGCGGCUAGGGGUUUCUGAAUCAAGCUUAAUGUUUACAGUUUCCGAAUAGCCAUUUUGCAGUGUGUAGUUUCCUUAUGAAGUUACCCCGCAUUUGGUUUUCCCAUUAUCUGCAAGCUCAAGCGUAUUUUUAAGGUUUGUGUACAAGUUGACUGCUGUAAAGAUAUAUAUUUUUGGGUCAGUUUUUUUCCUUCAUUAACUUGGUGGUAGAAAAAAAUAUAUACUUAGAAAUCUUUAAAUUAAAGCCAUGUUUUAUAUAUAAGUCAGGUAACAUUGGUGUAUAGAUGAGAAUGCAAUUAAACCUGAUGAGAAUCUACUUCAGGAGAAUACAGAAAGUCUUUUUCUCUAAAGGAGAUACUGACUCCCUGGUUUAUUGCAUUAAAACUUAUGUUUGAGGUUACCUCAACUUGUUUUAAAAGAUUUUGUUUGUGAAUUUGUACUGUAUAUUUGAGUAACUGUCAAGCUUUUGUUUUAUUUAAAUUGUUUAACAUGUACCAUGUACAUGUCAUUACUAUAUUUCAAUGCAUCAUGCUUGUAACAGGCAUUUCAUUUAUAAUAAGAAUGAGUUAUUCAUUUGUAAGCCGUUCAGUAAUUUAUCUACUAUUCCUAAAUUGGCCUAAUGUUAGAUAUCUAUUUUGAAUCACCUUUAAUGACAUGUCAGAAUGCCUUAACUACCCUAACUUGACAAAACAGGAUUCUUUGGUGGGUGGAGGAGCUGGGGGGCAGGGUGGGGGUGUGGAGGGGGACAUCGUCCUGCCGGGCGGAAACGGAAGCCUGAGUGGCGGAGUAUUUGUUUUGCACAAACGAUUGGCAGUCUCUGUGUAUUUUUAAAAGUAAAGAAAGUUGCAUCCAGAAGGGUUUUGCUAGAAGGAAUUCAUUUAUAGGACUGACUACUUCAGCUCUUUUGUUGGGGUUUUUAACUAUUUUUGGUCAGAGGUAUGUAGCCUUAUGAUUGGGAUAUAUUUUUGCAUUCAUUUUCCAACGUCUACAUUUAAUUCCUGGCAAGAGCAGUGCUCCUCAAGUUACUGGUUUUUCUCUGCUCUUGUUAAACUCAUCAAACACAAUCCUUGUAAGGCUAGAUUGGGGGUGUUUUACACAACUCAUUUCAUCAGCUUGCUUUUUUGAGAGAUGGUUGUUAGAAAUCGACAGUGCAUUUUUUCCAGUAACAUUGAAAGUAGUGGGACAAGAAUUGAUAUUCACAGUGGAAUUGACUGUGGCCUGGCUUGUAGAUUAGUGACAUAAAAUAUUUUCUGUUUUCUUCUUCCCCUGUCCUUUUUGUGUUGUGCACUUCAUUUGUGACUGCUGGGGACGGCUGGAGUGCUGCUUAACGAGUAACUCUCCUCCUGCUCUCAGUGAUCAGAAGCUUGUGUUGGACCCAUACUAGAAUUUUCCAGGUCACAGACCCAAGCUUCCGUGGGCUGUGACUGAGCUGUACCACUUGGUGGGUCUGGUUCUGAACCUGAUGUGUGUGUUAAUUGUAUUUUAAAUCAAGCAGUACACACACACACACACACACACACACACACACACACACACACACUUGCCUCAUGUAAUGAACUUUUAUAACAAAAGAGAAAAUUUGGAUUUCUAAUUUACCAAUAGCAAAUUAUCCCUCUCUGGAUGCACCAAAGACCAGUAAAGUUUAUAGCUUUUCCAUCUAUAUUUAUAAAGCAAUACUGUAUUAUAAAAAUCAAUAUUUUUAUCACAUGCUUGAAAUUUUUAUUUUGUUCUGUUUUAAAAUGUGCACUCUAAACAUAUCAGAACCUUAUUUCUUCCUAUGAACUUAAGCUGCCUGCGCACAAAAAUGACGUUACCAAACGGAGAUGCAGUGGAGUCCAUAGGCUCUUAAAAUUGAUAGAAGAAAUGGAGGCGGAGAACAGGUUAUGAGCCCUGAGUUACUGUGCUUGCUUGACAUGGUUGACGGGUACUGAAUCGCAAGAGAAUCCAUUCCAGGUGUGCAUGUCUGGGGGCUGGGCUAUGUCUAGAUUAGAAACUCGAGUUCACGCUUGCAUGAUGGGAGAGCAUCCUCUCUUGUCAGUUCUGUCUGUUCUGAGUCGAACAGUAGCCCUGAACCACCUUCAGUACCACUAGCCCACCACACCAAGUACCAAGGCAGGGAUCAUGGGAGCUUACUGAGUUAGCUUCAAGCGUUUGGGAGAUUGUAAACAAGGUUAGCGUUUGUACUUGGGGAUAAGUUCAUGGUUCCUUGUCACCUUACACCAGCUAUCUUUGGUAGAAGCUACAGCAUUCAGUUUCUCUGGAAACUAUCACAUUUUUGCAUUUAACAAAUUUUACAAUAUCAAAAAACCAAAAUCUACUUGCAAAAUGAACUAUGAAGCAGAAAACAUUUGGAUUCUAUUUAUUUAAAAAAACUACAUUCUUUGCAAAAUUGAGCCUCUCAACUAAACAGUGUCCAUGUCAAAGCUGUAACUGUUAGCAGGUAGUGUGUGGCAAAGAUGGCUAAAUAAUGAGGCAAAUUUGAAUCUGUGUACUAAUGAGCUGCUUUUUUCUGUUGAGACUCUCGUUAUUUGUCUUACCCGAGAGGCAAUUACCUGAAUUGGAUGUCUGAAGUAUAAUUUAUGCAGGAAUAGUUCUGUAAAUACAUUUAAAUAAACUGUAAAGAUAUUUAAUAAAUAUAGUAUUUAUACUAA